CUGUCCUCCCUGGCCUUGCCUGGUGCUUGGUGCCUGGCGUCCAGGGUCACUUCCUUUCAUAACGACCACUGCCAUCCUCGCAUUAGCAUUUUCACCGCUGUGGGGGUAACACUCGAGUGUGUGUGUGUGUGUGCUUGGUUUCUUGCUCGCUUCGGGCCUUAUUAUGCAGGGACUUGGGAAGACAGAGAGAGGGGAGCAGGGCCGAGACAUCGACCUGACGUCGCUGAGAUCCACCAUGCCAGCCAGCGGCCCUCUGCAGGGAGGUUCACCCUCUAAUCUGAACAUGAACCUGUACGCCACCAAGAAGACGGCGGCUGAGGGCAUGUUGGACAUCGCUCUGUUCCUGGCUAACAUCACACACAUGAAGACGGUCAUCGAACAGGGAGCUGGAUACAGGUACUACGCCGCCGUCCUGACACUCAUCUCCUUCUCCCUUGCUCUCCAGAUAGUGGCUGGAGUCCUGAUCAUCAUCAUCGCCCGCAGGGACCUGAACGUGGUAUCCAAUCAGAAACGGCUCGACUACCUGAACAACCUUGCCACAGGGGUCAUCUUCGCCACCACGGUGAUUAACUUCUUCGUCAGCUUCUUCGGAUCCAAGAGGACUGGCUUCUUCCGCUGGCUGCUGGCUCGACUCCACUUCUGACACACACACACAUGCACUCAGUGUAUUUCAUCUGUGCACACACUCAAACAUGCUGAUUCACAGUUGAAAUUGUCAAUUCACAUACAAUUUGCAUAUGUUCAAACAUCUCAUCUUAUUUAUUAUUCAGGCUCUUGAAAUGUGCGUCACACUGUAAUCCAACUAAAAUAUUUUCACUUUAACCAACUGAAUAUCUAUGUAUAUAUGUAUUAUCUUAUUUGCUGCAAUAACAUGCUUGUGCAAAAAUUGUGCAUGUGUUACAUUAUGUUUAUUUCAAAUGGUUUUACACUUUACUUGUGAUUCCUCUUUGUUUUGGUUAUUGGAAAAAAUGUUUUGUAUCAUUUAUUUAAAUGAUUUUUAGGUUCAAUAGCAGACAAAAAGCAGGGUAUUAUAAAUAAGACAUACCCCUCUAAUAUGUACGUACACAUUGUGCUCCAGAAAGCUGAAUAAAUGUAGCGAUUUAACAGAA